AUGCUUGUCAUGCACACAAUUCGCAAUUCGGCGAGGCUUGCGCUGCGUAACCCAACAAGUGCCUGGCGAAAUAGCAGCGCUCCACUAAAUUCCAUGCGCACUUUCUCGAUGGGCCUGGCGUUGCGGCAGCAAGACGUUGUGAAUGUGACCUUUGUCAGAGCGAAUGGAGAGAAAAUCAAGUCUUCCGGCAAGGUGGGCGAUUCGCUGCUAGACGUGGUGGUAAACAAUAACGUCGAUCUGGAUGGCUUUGGUGCGUGCGAGGGCACACUCACCUGCUCCACCUGUCAUUUGAUCUUUAAGACGGCCGACUUCGAGAAACUGCCCGACAAGCCCGGCGAUGAGGAGCUGGAUAUGCUGGACCUAGCAUACGAUCUAACAGACACCUCCCGCUUGGGUUGCCAAAUCAUACUAAGCAAGGACAUGGAAGGCCUGGAGAUUCAUGUGCCGGCAACUAUAAACGAUGCACGCGCUGCGUAGGAGCCGCUUAUGUUCCUCCAUUCACAACCGUUGUUACAAAUUGUUACAUUUUCAGUGCUAUUAGGCGAUUAGUUAACUUAUGCAUAGUCGAUUUUUCAGCGAAACUUUGUGUUAAGGCUUGUCCCAUAGACAGCCAACCAACUCAGGCGGCUAUUGAAGAUUUGUGCAUAAAUGAAUUUUAUUCUGUAUGCCAGUGUUUUUAAGCUCAAAGGUACAAUCUACAGAUCAAUGUAAAUGUGUUCGUAAAUAAAUAAAUCUAUUUUCAUAAAAGUGCUUUGCAAU